AUGAAUAAGAUACGACUCAGUCUCGAUCUGGAAAUAUACGGCGACGACACACGUGACGCGUUUCUUCUUGACGAAGACAAGCUCACGAUCGAGGAAUUGAUACCUCGGAUCCUUCUUGAACGGAAGCUGUUUAUUGAUGUCACCGAGGAGUCGCUCUUGGACGAGAUCAAAGCAGCCGCCGAAGCUUCUUCGCAGAUGUCAGAUGGCAUCCCGAUUGUUGUACCGGGUGACUCUCUCGUCUGUAACUCAGACAUUGUCGGCGGAGAUAACAUUGACAUAGGGGGUUCCAAUGGCAGUACUGCCACUAAAAUAGACACGUUUAAUAAGAACCGAGCCGAUUUGGCCAAGAACGUUGCACUUGCAUUGAACGAGACGUCGUUAUCUUUGGAUUUUGUUUCCUUGCUCAUAGCCUCUGUGAAGCAGAACAUAGGUAAGUCUACGAUGUCCCCUCAUUUGCUCAAGAAUAUCCCCUUGGGGUCACUCAGUAGUGACAAAUUGACGAAGGAGGAGGGAGCCAGUGGAAAUGAUGGUAAUAAAGAUGGUAAUACUUCCAAAGUAGGGCAAGGUUGGAAGUAUGAAGCCGUUAUUAAGAUCACCAAAUUGUUUAAGGAAGCCAGUGUUAAGUUAAAGCAACAAGUUGAGAAGGAAGAACACUAUUGGAAGAUGAUCAACGUGGUCCUUGCUGAUGAUGAAGUGUUAUUCAAACACGGGAAGACCAUUGGUGUGAAAUUUGGAUAUGGAGAUGCUGGUUCCAUCUACCAUGAUAAAGGGCUUGCGAUCUUGAGAAGUGAUGAGACCACUGGACAUGUAACCUUUACGCCUGUAGCAUCGUUACUGAACUUUCGGGUGGCUAACAAGACGUACAAGUACAUUCAAGUGAAGAUUCUCAAUAAGAUAGACGAAGAGUUUAUGGUUACAGGGAUCUCCAGCUUUAAAAAGACUUUCAAUAGUAGUCGAUUCCAAGUAGUCAACGAUUUGGAGAAGGCUCGAUAUUUCCUCUUUGAAGAGGACUUGUUCUACUUUUUAACCAGAGAAGCAAAGACCUUGAUCAACUAUAAUGUUUCGAUCAUCUCCAAUAAGAUUAUUUUUGAGAUCAAAGAUGAAAUCAUAGAGAUAGAAGCCGUACCGUUUGAUGAAUACUACAAUAAUAUGGACGAUAUUGAUUUGUAUCAGAAUAUCAAUUCCUAUUCAUCGAUGCAUAACGAGAAAUGUGAAUCGAUACUUAACUAUUUGAAAACGAUGCUAUGUUGCUUCUAUAAAUAUAAUUUGAGCUUGAAACAAAAGAUGCCAACUCUGUUCACCAAAUGGAAACAACAGAAUUCACAUCCAUUGAUCCUCCGGCCACUUUUAGGCAACAUCCGACAUGAGAUUUAUAUUACGGUCAUCAAGAAAAUGUUGGACGAAUUAUUAUUGGAAUUUAAAGACCAACUACUUGAAGCCACCCUCAAGCUUGACAAAUUAACAAACUUGAAAACAUUUACGGGAAAUAUUUUCCAACGGUCCAUUCAGAAACCGGUUUCAGAAAUCGUCAUGACCUUAAAGAAUAAACAAGAGAAAUGGAUGAAGAUCCAUACAGAAUUAACUACCAAUGAAAUAUUUGUUCCCUAUGUGAUUAACCUUACAAUCGUCAAAUAUUCCAGUGAAUCUGAUUUGAACCAAGAUUUUGAAGGCACUAAUUGCUUGCAACUUACAGUCAACAGUUUUGAAGAUGUCAAGGAGUCGUUACAAUGGUCUAUACUUGAUUUUGUUGGCUAA